AUGGUCAUUUAUAAACCGAAGAACACUAAAGUAAUCAGGCCAGCCAGCUUGCGACGCUUUGCUGCCAAAGCGACUGAAAAACUGUGCCAGACGUGCGUUACUUCAAUCUUGCGGGAUGAGGCACCUCCUCUUCGGCCAAACAUAGACUCUUCUGACAUUGUAGUUCUUAGAGUGCAAACUGGCUCGCCUAUGUGGCGAUGCCACCCGAAGGCCGGUAAGGUGAUCCUCUUGGGAAUGUACCUGGCGGAAAGCGCAAUACGAAGCACGUUAUCUGCGGUCGAGUUGUACGGCCAAGGUCUUCUAAAACGGAGACAAUCAAGGAUAGGGUAA